AUGCGAUGCUCCCUGAAACGUUCCCUCUCAGCUGUGCUCGCAGCCUCCUGCCUGCUCCUGCUCCUCCUCCUCCAUGGGGGCACCAGGCAGGAACAGGAGCCCCCGGAGGUGGAGCUUCGGAGCUUAGCCCCUGACACCAUCCUGCAGCUGCUGCAGCCGGAGGGAGCCAAACACAUCCUCAGGGACAGGGAUGACCUCUCUGCACUCCGCAAUGUCUCCUACCACCUCCUCGCUGGCUCCGUGUCACCUCGCAAGAGGUUCCUGGCGGUGGGAUUGUCGUCGGUGCGGCGCCCACGCGGCUACUACCUCUCAGCCACACUCCAGUCCCUCUUCAGCCAGUCCACGGAGGAGGAGCUGCAGGAGAUGGUGGUGGUGGUGCACCUGGCAGAUGAGGAUCCCAGCUGGAAUGUGCGUGUUGCUGUCAACAUCGCCCAGAAGUUCUCCCGGCACAUCCUUCUGGGACAACUCCUGCUCAUCCAUGCUCCCCACGAGCUUUACCCCACCCUGGAAGGUCUCAAGAGGAACUACAACGACCCCGAGGCGCGUGUGAAGUUCCGCUCCAAGCAGAACGUGGACUACGCUUUCCUCCUCGCCUUCGCCGCCAACCUCUCCUCCUACUACCUGAUGAUUGAGGAUGAUGUGUGGUGUGCCAAGUCCUUCCUCACAGCCAUCCGUAAGGCACUGGAUUCCCAGCAAGGCUCCAACUGGGCCACUCUGGAGUUCUCCAAGCUGGGCUACAUCGGGAAGCUCUACCGCUCCAGCGACCUCCCUCGCCUGGCUCGCUUCCUCCUGCUCUUCUACCAGGAAAUGCCUUGUGACUGGCUGCUGGUUCACUUUCGCCUCCUGCUCACCCAGAAGGACGUGAUCCGCUUCAAGCCAUCCCUCUUCCAGCACAUGGGCCUCUACUCCUCCUUCCAGGGCACCGUCAACCGGCUGGAGGACGAUGAUUUCCAGGCCGAUGCCUUCGACCUUCCGGACAACCCCCCAGCGUCUUUGUACACCAGCAUGUCUGUCUUUGAGAACUAUGAGCCCCUCAAGGCCUACAGCUCAGCAGAGGGGUAUUUCUGGGGGAAAUCCCCAGCAGCUGGGAGCACCUUCUCCAUCGUGUUCCAGCAGCCAGCGCGUGUCUCCCGCGUCCGGGUGCGCACGGGCUCGGACGAGCGCCGAGGUGACAUCCUGCGCUCGGGGGUGCUGGAGCUGGGCCGGCACAGACAGGCUGAUGGCAGGGACUGCACUGCCUACAUCACAGUGGGCACUUUUGAGAAGGGAACCCUGGAGCAGAGGGGGCUGGAGAGAGGCAUUCCCAGCCCCGUGGAGUGCGUGAGGAUCCGAGUGACCCAGGGCCAGAGCGAGUGGCUCAUCAUCCGCAGCAUCGACAUCUGGACCACAACAGGCUCCUGA